GGAAGAGCCCAAUUUCUUCGAUCGCUCUCGAUGCAUCCGACUCUACCACGAAAUCGCUAUAGCCGGAACUCCAGAGCCCAUUUCGUUGCUGUGACAAUAGCUUUUAGCUCCGCUUCAUGACUGGAAUCUGCAGACAACGGAAAACACAGAGCGAAAAGCAUUUCUCCCCUCUCGUUCCUCAUGAUAGCUCCUCCAGCCGCUCCAUCAGAUUUGAGUGUGAACUCCCCCUCAGGUUCAAGCUUUCAUACAAUUGGCUGAGCAUUCAUGUCACAAAAUGAAAAUAUAUCAUUUCUUGCACGGGUAGUCGUGGAGUAGUACUAUGAUCUUUCGCGGCCUUCAUUUCUGUAAAAAUGUUAGAAAUGCCAAAUGCGUUUUUUCUAUGUAUCCUCAUCUGAGAAAGAAUAAUGGCUUUCCCUCAGCCGUUAAUACAUUCGUCCACAGCUGUAGAAAUCCCCAGUUUUUAUGGGCUUCGUAUAAUAUCGGCAGUAUCAGAAGUUCUUAUUUUUCUAGAAAUUAUAGCUCUGGGAAGGCCACUGAUGAUUCCAAUGAGUGGAGUGAAGACAUAGUGUACUUGGAUGAAACAGGCGGAGUCAUCUUCUCUGGAAAAGGGAUAAGGUCGGUUGAGCCCGGUCUUGAUGACCAUGUAAUGGUGGGCGGGCUGAAGAAGCCUAUUCUGAAUGCAUCCGCAGUGGCAAAGAUAGUUGAGAUUGUUAAAAGGUGGAAAUGGGGUCCUGACAUGGAGACCCAGUUGGAUAGACUUCAUUUUGUGCCGAAUAUGACUCAAAUUACACAGGCUUUUAAGAUUAUGGAAGAUGCUGAAGCUUCCCUAAGCUUGUUUCGAUGGGCCAAGCGACAACCCUGGUAUAAGCCAAGUGACGAGUGUUAUAUGAUGCUGUUUGAUAGACUGAAUCAUAUUAGAGAUUUUGAUGGGAUUCAAUCUGUUUUUGAUGAUAUGGUUGUCGAUACAGGUGAGAAUGGUACGUCUUUAAUCAAUGCUUACAAUCAGGUCAUUCAAUAUCUCGCAAAAGCUGAGAAGUUAGAGGUAGCAUUCUGUUGUUUUAUGAAAAUUCAAGAAUCUGGUUGCAUUAUAGACAGUCAGACCUACAAUUCUCUUAUAACCCUGUUUUUGAACAAAGGGUUGCCUCACAAGGCAUUUGAGGUAUACGAAAACAUGCAAAAUGCAAAAUGUUCAUUAGAUGCAUUUAGUUAUGAGUUACUAGUACCAAGCCUAGCGAGAUCUGGCCGUCUUGAUGUGGCAUUUAAGCUAUACCAAGAGAUGAAAGAAAAAAAUUUCCAACCAAAUUUUGGGAUUUUUUCUUCACUUGUUGACACAAUGGGAAAAGCUGGUAGGUUAGAUACAUCAAUGAAAGUGUACAUGGAAAUGCAAGGAUUUGGACUUAGACCAUCCGCAGCGAUGUUUGUUUCCAUGAUUGAGUCCUUCGUUAAGGCUGGGAAAUUGGACACUGCACUAAGGCUCUGGGAUGAGAUGAAGAAAACAGGAUUCAGACCUAAUUAUGGCCUGUACACAAUGAUGGUUGAGUCUCAUGCAAAAUCUGGGAAACUGGAUAUUGCAAUGACUUUCUUUUCUGACAUGGAAAGAGAUGGAUUUAUGCCUACCCCAACCACAUAUUCAUCUCUUAUGGAGAUGCUUGCUGCUUCUGGACAAGUAGAUUCUGCUAUGAAGCUUUAUAAUUCCAUGACAAAUGCCGGUCUAAGACCAGGACUAAGUACCUUUACAGCCUUACUGUGCACUCUGGCAAAGAAGAAGCUUGUUGAUGUAGCUGCUAAGGUUUUACUUGAAAUGAAGGCAAUGGGAUAUUCAGUUGAUGUAGCUGCUAGUGAUGUUCUGAUGGUUUACAUAAAGGAAAGCUCUGUUGAUCUUGCUCUUAGGUGGCUUCGCUUUAUGGGCUCAUCUGGGAUUCGUACAAAUAAUUUCAUCAUACGUCAACUUUUUGAGUCAUGUAUGAGAAGUGGCUUGUAUGAGUCUGCUAAGCCUCUUCUUGAAACAUAUGUAGGUUCUGCCGCUAAGGUUGACCUAAUACUAUACACCUCAAUCCUGGCCCAUCUGGUAAGGUGCAGUGAUGAAAACAGUGAGAGGCAUUUGAUGUCAAUCUUGAGUGUGACAAAACAUAAGGCCCAUGCUUUUAUGUGUGGGCUCUUCACUGGCCCGGAACAGAGGCAAAUGCCGGUUUUGUCCUUUGUAAGGGAGUUCUUUAAGAGUAUUGACUAUGAGCUGGAAGAAGGAGCUGCGAGGUACUUUGUGAAUGUUCUACUAAACUAUCUUGUUCUCAUGGGCCAGAUAAAUCGGGCCCGUUGUGUGUGGAAAGUUGCGUACGAAAACAAGCUUUUUUCAAAAGCAAUUGUGUUUGAUCAACAUAUUGCAUGGUCUCUUGAUGUUAGGAAUUUGUCUGUUGGAGCAGCUCUUGUGUCAGUGGUCCAUACCCUUCACAGGUUUAGGAAAAGGAUGUUGUAUUACGGCGUUGUCCCUAGACGGAUCAAACUAGUAACCGGGCCCACUCUGAAAAUAGUGGUGGCCCAGAUGCUAAGCUCAGUUGAGUCGCCUUUCGAAGUUAGUAAAGUUGUUUUGAGGGCUCCAGGGGAUAGCGUCUUGGAAUGGUUUAAGAAACCGAUUGUCCAGCAAUUUCUUUUGAAUGAAAUACCGUCAAGGGCUGAUAUUUUGAUGCAUAAACUCAACAUACUUUUUCCCAGUUCUGCGCCUGAAAUUAGAUCACUGUCCCCUCCUAAACCUCUUCUAGCUGGAAAAGCUAUAUAGUUAUUGUAGAACUGGGUUUAUUAUAUACCAAGUGAUGGAUAAAUGGAUUAUCUAUAUGCACAUUGAUUUGCGAAGUCUGCCCGUUUAUACCAUCAAAAG